AUGGCAGCCUCAGGAAUGUCCUUCACCGACAAGGCUGCAUCAGCCCUGGGCGAUGCCCAAGAGCUCGCCCAACAAUACUCGCACACACAACUGCAACCCAUCCACUUGGCCGUCGCUCUGCUAGAUCCUCCUCCCGACCUCAGCAAGGACCAGCAGAACCAGACUGGCCAUGAAUCACACGGCGCUGCAUCAGCACCACUCUUCAAGCAGGUCGUCGAGAGAGCCCAUGGAGACCCCCAACUACUCACCCGCGCCCUCAACAAGGCUCUGGUCCGUCUACCCAGCCAGGACCCUCCCCCAGAGCAUCUCUCCAUGAGCCCUGCCUUCUCAAAAGUCUUGCGCGCCGCCGAUCAAUUGUCCAAGACACAAAAGGACAGCUACAUUGCUAUCGACCACUUCAUCUCCUCUCUCGUUCAGGAUCCCACCGUCACAAAGGCUCUCGCCGAGGCCAAUGUGCCCAACACCAAGCUCAUCGACAAUGCCAUCCAGCAAAUUAGAGGCAACAAGCGCGUUGAUUCAAAGACGGCCGAUGCUGAAGAAGAGAGCGAGAACCUCAAGAAGUUUACCAUCGACAUGACGGCCAUGGCACGAGAGGGCAAGAUGGACCCCGUCAUUGGCAGAGAGGAAGAGAUUAGAAGAGUCAUCCGCAUCUUGUCACGUCGCACAAAGAACAACCCCGUCCUGAUCGGUGAGCCCGGUGUCGGCAAGACCACUGUCGUCGAAGGCCUCGCUCAGCGCAUCAUCAAUGCAGACGUUCCUGCCAACUUGGCCGCCUGCAGACUGCUCUCUUUGGACGUCGGUGCCCUCGUCGCUGGCAGCAAGUACCGUGGUGAGUUCGAAGAACGCAUGAAGGGUGUGCUCAAGGAGAUUGAAGACGCCAAGGAGAUGAUUGUUCUCUUUGUCGACGAGAUUCACUUGCUCAUGGGCGCUGGCUCUUCAGGAGAAGGCGGCAUGGAUGCUGCCAACCUGCUCAAGCCCAUGCUUGCCCGCGGUCAACUGCACUGUAUCGGUGCAACCACCCUGUCCGAAUACCGCAAGUACAUUGAAAAAGAUCAAGCCUUCGAGCGUCGCUUCCAGCAGGUCUUGGUCAAGGAACCUUCGGUCCCUGAGACUGUGUCCAUUCUUCGCGGUCUCAAGGAGAAGUACGAAGUUCACCACGGUGUCACCAUUCUUGAUGGUGCCAUUGUGUCUGCUGCUACCUUGGCUGCUCGCUACCUCACUCAACGACGUCUUCCUGAUUCGGCUGUCGACCUUAUUGAUGAGGCCGCUGCUGCCGUUCGGGUCACACGCGAAUCUCAGCCCGAAGCCAUCGACAACAUGGAACGUAAGCUUCGUCAGCUCGAAAUUGAGAUUCACGCACUCAACCGUGAGAAGGACGAAGCCUCGCAGGCACGCCUUGCUCAAGCAAAGGCCGAGGCUGCCAACGUCGAGGAAGACCUCAAGCCUCUUCGCGAAAUGUACAACAGCGAAAAGGCUCGUGGAAAGGAGAUCCAGGAGGCGAAACUCAAGCGUGAUCAGCUCCUCACCAAGCAGCAAGAAGCCGAGCGUAUGCGAGACCUGCAGACUGCUUCUGACCUCAAGUACUACGCUAUUCCCGACUUGGAAGAACGUAUCAAGCAACUGGAAAAGGAGAAGGCCGCUUCUGAUCUCGACCAGCUCAGAGAGGCUCAAGCUUCUGGCGAAACUCCUCUUCUGACUGAUGCUGUCGGCCCUGAUCAGAUCAACGAGAUUGUUGCACGCUGGACUGGUAUUCCCGUCACUCGCCUGAAAACUACCGAGAAGGACAAGCUCUUGCAAAUGGAACGCCAUCUCGCCGAGAUCGUCGUUGGUCAGAGAGAAGCUGUCACAUCGGUCGCUAAUGCCAUCCGUCUGCAGCGUUCUGGUCUUGCCAACCCUAACCAACCACCCUCGUUCCUCUUCUGUGGUCCUUCGGGUACUGGUAAGACUCUGCUUACCAAAGCACUGGCCGAGUUCCUGUUCGACGAUGCUCGCGCCAUGAUCCGCUUCGAUAUGUCUGAGUACCAGGAGAGACACUCGCUCUCGCGUAUGAUCGGUGCACCUCCUGGCUACGUCGGCCAUGAUGCAGGCGGUCAGCUUACCGAGGCACUCCGCCGCCGCCCCUUCUCCAUUCUUCUAUUCGACGAGGUUGAGAAGGCAGCCAAGGAAGUCCUUACCGUCAUGCUUCAGCUUAUGGAUGACGGCCGCAUCACUGAUGGCCAAGGUCGUGUUGUCGAUGCCCGCAACUGCAUUGUCGUCAUGACAUCCAACUUGGGUGCCGAGUACCUCGCCCGCCCCAACGCACCCGACGGCAAGAUUGACCCUACAACCAAGGAGAUGGUCAUGGGUAGCUUGCGCAACUACUUCCUGCCCGAGUUUUUGAACCGUAUCUCGAGCAUUGUCAUCUUCAACCGCCUCUCCAAGAAGGAGAUCCGCAGCAUUGUCGACGUCCGCCUCGACGAGAUUCAACAGCGUCUGUCGCAGAACGGAAGAAACGUGCGCAUCGAGUUGUCAGCGGACGUCAAGGAUUACCUGGGCUCUGCUGGAUACUCACCCGCCUAUGGUGCUCGUCCUCUGGCUCGCCUGAUCGAGAAGGAAGUCCUUAACAGACUUGCCGUACUCAUUCUCAGAGGGUCUAUCCGUGAUGGCGAGACCGCUAGAGUUGUGCUUGAAGACGGCCAUAUCACGGUUCUUCCUAACCACACUGACUCUGAUGGCGAAGACUCGGAGAUGUGGGACGAGGAGGAUGCAGUUGCCGAGUUGCACGGAGAAGAGGGUGAUAUGGAACUUUAUGACUAA